CUCGCCCGCCUGCCAACCCAGCGCCCCGCGCAACACGCCCGGGCGGAGCCCUCCCCCCGCCCACGUCCACGUUCACGCGCGCGGCCUCGCGUUGUGCUGAGGCUGCUGCCGCUUGGGCCGCCGCGGCAGUCGGCUUUACACGCAGGUCAUUAACGAGGGGGCGUGCCCGAGGAGAUUUUUUUUUCCCAUAAAGCAUUUUUUCUCUCUUUUUUUUCCCCCUCCUCUUUUGCAAAACUGACUUUUACCCCUUUCUACUUCUCGCCAGUCUUCCAACCUCUCCAGGCUGCUCGCGCUGCUGCACUCAAGUUUAUUUUCCCGCCUGGGCAGAGGCUUUGGAGAUUCGGUUGGUGGCUUUCACCUCUUGUUACUGCUGUGCCUAAGGAGGGAAAGAGGAGGCAGCUUCAGAUCCGGGAAGGUUUUCUGAUGUAGUCACCGAGGAGGUGCCACCAGCUCGUGCCCUGCUCCCUCUCCCUUUUUGUUUGUUUCCCGGUUGCAAACUGAUUGAUGAAUCUCUACAAGUUGCUGGGUUUGGGGCCGGACCGGUCAGAGUCACAGGGACACUUUUGAGAGCUCACCCCGGGGCUCUUGGCACGCGGUGUGAGGGGCUCAGGCUCGCUCCCGGAAGGCGAUCGGAGACUGACAUCAGCUCAUCCCGGACUCGGAGGGCUCGGUUAGAAAGUGAUUGUUUCCCCUCCCGCUUUCCAGCAUAGCAGUUGGGUUGGCGUCGCCCUGCAGGUCUGGGCAUCCCAGCCUCGCCUGGCUGGUUCACAACCUCUGCUCUUCAUUCACGGCUGCACCCACAGCCGGCCAAGAAAAGCAAGCCGGAGAAAUUCCCGACUCAGCCAGCGCCCGGGGGUGCCAUCUCUCUUUGCCUCUGCGGUCGGACUCCUCUGGGGACCUGCUGGAAGACGGGGAGAGCCAAACUUUUCUUUGAGGUUUUUCGAGGCAAGCCCGCUCUUCCUCUCCUCGCCUGAGCAGCUGCGACUUCAGGCUCUUCCAGGACGCCGACGGAGCCGGGCUUGCGGAUCCGGAUCCCCACCCUUCUCUGCGCACCUCCGGGUACCGCAGUACCUAGGACUCCAGCGAGCCUUGCGGGGGUCGCCGGGCCAAGACCGAGAGGGAGGCUCCGGGCAGCGUCCAGACUCCUGGGGCCACAAGCGUGAAGAACCCCCCCUCCACCCUGCCCCCCCGCGCCGCCCUCGUCCACACAGCGCCCUCCUCCCGCAGUUUCUCUCCGGCCGCCAAAGUAACUUGGAGCAAAGCGGGGCGCACAGCGAGGGCCCACGGCAGCGGAGGAACCCUGCGUAGACCGCGGCGCCGACGCUGAGCCGGGCCCGGCGGGCCGGUGUAUGUCUCCCCGAGGCCGCGGCGCUCAACUCCCGGUGACUGUGCAGCGUGCGCCGCCGCCUGCCCUGACCCGCGCUGCCGCCGCCCGGCCCCGCACGCACCUCCCUCUCCCGGGGUGACCGGCCUGCAGCCGCCGCCUGAGACACAGCUCUGCACCCCUUCCCCCGCCCUCGCCUCCGCCACCGCACACACGCACGCGUCUCUCCGUCUUGUGAUUCUUCUCCCCUCCCGAGCCCUUCAGGGGGGGUGCGAGUUUGUCCCCCCCUCCUGCCGCAACCCACUGCCUUCUUUUCUUCUCGCCCUUCUCCUCCUCCCGCGCUCGCCGCGCUCCUCUCGCCCCAUCAUUUUAUUUAUUCAUAUUUAUUUGGCGUCCGGUCUGGUCUCUUCUUUCUACCCCUCUACCUCCCUCCCUCUGGAUCCCCGCUCUCUCCCCGGAGUGGCGCGUCGGGGGCUCCGCCGCUGGACAGGCGUGAUGUUGCACGUGGAGAUGUUGACGCUGCUGUUUCUGGUGCUCUGGAUGUGUGUGUUCAGCCAGGACCCGGGUUCCAAAGUCGUCGCCGACCGCUACGCUGUCUACUGGAACAGCAGCAACCCCAGAUUCCAGAGAGGUGACUACCACAUUGACGUCUGUAUCAAUGACUACCUGGAUGUUUUCUGCCCUCACUAUGAGGACUCUGUCCCAGAAGAUAAGACUGAACGCUAUGUCCUCUACAUGGUGAACUUUGAUGGCUACAGUGCCUGCGACCAUACUUCCAAAGGGUUCAAGAGAUGGGAAUGUAACCGGCCACACUCUCCAAAUGGACCGCUGAAGUUCUCUGAGAAAUUCCAGCUCUUCACUCCCUUUUCUCUAGGAUUUGAAUUCAGGCCAGGCCGAGAAUAUUUCUACAUCUCCUCUGCAAUCCCAGACAAUGGAAGAAGGUCCUGCCUAAAGCUCAAAGUCUUCGUGAGACCCACAAAUAGCUGUAUGAAAACUAUAGGUGUUCAUGAUCGUGUUUUCGAUGUUAACGACAAAGUAGAAAAUUCAUUAGAACCAGCAGAUGACACCGUACAUGAGUCAGCCGAGCCAUCCCGCGGUGAGAACGCGGCACAGACACCAAGGAUACCCAGCCGCCUUUUGGCAAUCCUACUGUUCCUCCUGGCGAUGCUUUUGACAUUAUAGCACAGCCUCCUCUCGUCACCUGUCACAGUAAACAUCAGGGUCUUGGGACACCAGAGAUCCGCCUAACUGCUCAUCCCAAGAAGGGACUUGUUAUUGGUUUUUUGGCAGAUGUCAGAUUUUUUUUUGUUUUGUUUUUGUUUUCUUUCCUUCAGCCUGAUUUCUAAGCAACAACCUGGGGUUGUUGGAGGCUAAACUCGUCGCUGCCCUCCUUCACCCUACCCCAUCCCCAGCCCUGGUCCUUGACUUCUCUCACCCCUUCCAAAUUAAAUGGACUCCAGAUGAAAAUGCCAAAUCGUUGUAGCGACACCAGUGGGUUCUCCUCUCGAACUCACCUCUGUAAGCUCAGGGUGUCAACGGUAUGCAGACAAGGAAGGAGCGUGGCCAGGCCGAGAGGGUAUCUCUCUCCUAUCCAGUACUUAACGCCUUCUCAUUCAGGACAGUAAGGUGGUUGUGUGGAGCGUGAUGUUGGCGUGUCAGGUCUGGAGGGGCGGAAUAAAGAGUAGACAUACAAUUACACCAUAUCCUCUAGGAGUGUAGAAAUGAGCAGGCUUCUCCAAGGUUCAGAUACUAGUUUUUGUUUUAUCAAAUAGGACUGUCUUAAAGCGUUCUUGCCAGCCAAACUUGUGCUGUGCCCAAGAAGCUUUUUUCUCCCGGAAGGAGUGUUGGAUGCAGGGAUGGUAAUGCAGAAGAUGUGUAUAUUGAGAAAACGAUCUAUUGCUGGCGGUGUGAGUGCCUCUAACUUUUUAGUGACACUGGGCAGUGCACACCUGAUUUUUUUUUCCUUUGAAUACAGAUCACCAUGGUGCUACAACUUUUCUUUUUCUUUUUAGGAGCUCAAAGAGGCAUUUUUAUGAAUAAAGUGACCUUCCCCGAGGCUGACAAGCCAGGGUUGAUGAAUAGAGAGUAGAAUACCUUUGGCUGCCCCUCUGGGGACAACACGUACAAGGAAAGGAAGUCUGUGGCCCGAGGAGAUGCGAUUUGGCUUUGCUGGAGCUCCAGUGUGCUGUGGCCUUUCCCCAACCCCCACCCCGAUGCCCACGUUCUGCUCCAUGCUCCGUGUUCACAGGGGACUCAGACACAAACCCCUGUCACCAGGAGAGUCAGUCAGCACUACUUGGGAGGGCUAAAGGGAAAUUUGGAAUAAAAAUUCCAAAGUUUGGAAUAAAAAUUCAAGUGUUGAUUUUCUAUUCUUUCCCUUUCUGACACAGCCUAAAGCGUAGGGGGAACACGUGUUUAUCUGUGCGGGAUAGACAAGAUGGAGUCCCAAAGACUUUGACAAAAUAUUUUUUUAAAAAUCCACUAGAAUAGAAAAUACAUUAUUUAGAUAUACUUUAUGCUGAGAGUGAGUAUAUAUGCUUGUCCUAUUUAAACUUGUGAGAAAAGGUGGUAUCCCUUGAUACAUUUAGAAACAUGGGAGGGGGGCGGGGUAUCUUGUUUCUAGUAGGGUUGGGGCAGAAGGAGAAUGAACACAGGAUGACCCUGCUCAAAGAACCUUAGCAUGGCCAAGGGGAUGGUCCCCGCUGAUUACCAGGAAACACAAAGCUACGGGGGUUUCUCCUGGCGGGGUGUCCAUGAGCUUUCAACCCCAAAGCCUAGCCAGGGAAAAGUGUCAGCCCAGUGAAAAGGUGGUCUAACCUUGUUCUGCCAUCGCACGACAUCAAUAGAAGCCAUGCCUUUGUAAACAAGCAAGUCAGUAAAUGCAAUGAUCAUGUCAUGUGGAAAAUUGAAAGCAUUCCAGGAAAGGAAGGAAUUUUUUAUAUAAUCGUUUUUAAGAUGUAUAUGUAAAAAAAAAAAGAGUUCACAUUCUAGAUGAACUUCGUGAAAUCGGAAAUUGCUUAGAAUCGUGAGUAGUUUCAAAUUAGAAGAACAUGUGAAUGGAAGGCAGCUGGGAACAUACUGCACCCUAGAGAGUUCACACACGUUGGAAUGUGAGCCGGGCUUACCUGGUCCCUUUGGAGUGGAGUCAACUGGAAUCUGCUCUUGCUUGAACCAUGUGCGUGCAGUUGCCGGCCUCAAAGACUGUCAGUCUUCUUCCUCCUACAUCUGAGACUUCUCCGGAGUGGGAGAGUCUCAUCAUAGAAGGCACCCACCAUUUCACUGAAGCCAGACUUCAAAGCAUUGGAUUUACCUUGAUUUAUAGGCUCGACACUCUCAGUAAUAUCCAGAUAUAUUCUUUUUCUUAAUAGUUACAGGUUUGUGGGUUAGUGGGAUUUCAGUCAGGGGACAAAAAAAGAAAUCCCUUCUAAGAUGGAUCGAUAGAACCAAAAUAAUUCUGCAUGUACUACAGUCAAGGGAACAAAGUGAUCCUGUAAUAAUUCCAGUUAGUCCUAACGACGUUAGCAGUUCUAAUGUCAUUUUAGAAAAGGUGAAUUCUGUGCUGCUUCUAGCAUUUGUCUCUAACAAAUGAUGAAAUAAUUACCCAUGGCCCUCUCUGCCAUUGUCGUUCUUUUUUCACUGUGCAAUUAGGACCCUUUUACUUCACAGUCAUGCCACCGCAGAUUAAGGUUUUUUGGUUUUAAAGCAGAACUCUCCACACCAGUAGACAAUAUGCUUUCCUACCUGUAAGUAACAUAAUCAUAGCUAAUACCUUCGUGUGGAGUUCUCGAGACAGUUGGUGUCAGGCCGUUUUUAUCUUGUCCGAAAAAAAGAAAAAAAAAAAAACGCUGGUGGCCUUUUGUGGUGUUGUUACAGUCCUCUGUGGGCUUAGGAUGUCGGUGCAUCUUGGUAGUGGGUUUAAUUUUAAAAACAAUUCAAAAGCAUGAAGGGAAGCCCUGGAGCGCCCCUUCAGCCCCAGUUGGUCAAACCCCAGCGACCUUUGCCCCUGGUUGCCAAGGGCUUUGCAACAUGAAGCAGGGAAUAAAGAUCUGGCUGUUUAGUGGAUACUGUGUAUCCUUUAAUAGACCAGGUAGCAGUCCGUGUUAGUUUUAGACUAUUGUUUUGUACUGUACUUUCUUGGGUGGCAGAGGAAAGAAAAGUUAAAAUGUUAAAAAAAAAUGCGUUCUUUAAUUCUGUAUUAUUAGCAACCUCUGUUGUAUAUAGUGUUUGAUAAUAAAGUAUUAAUUUGA